GUGCGGUGGGGGUGUCUUCGCUGGGGCCGCUCGGUCUUUUGCCCCGAGCUCCAUGGCUGGAUUGUGGAAACUGCACCGGGCUGCAGGUUGUUGACCAACUGAUGGGACGAUCUCAGGGACCGGCGGUUACGAAAGAAAUGUUUAAAUGUUCAGUAAAUCGGAGGAAAAAAACAUGGAUUUUUAGCAACUGAAGAGCAAAUUAAGGUUAUCAAUUCUUGAAUCCUUAGCCUUGUCUCCUUUCCAAACCUUUGGAUUGGUCUAUGGACGUCUCCCCCAUCCUCUCCAGGCACCAAAUUCAGAUUCAGAUUUGGGAUAUUGGUGUUUCUGUUUUGAAGAAUAUUUCCUUUUGAGCUUUUUUUUUUUAAUCAUCGGUCUUGGACUACAGAAGAAUCAGAAAGACACUUAUUUUGUUUCAAGUUUGGAACACUCACUCUUGAGGCACUCUCAUGCCUGAGAACAUGACCAUGUGGCCAUCACAGCUACUAGUCUUCAUGAUGCUCUUAGCACCGAUAGUUCAUGGUGGCAAGCACAGUGAGCGACAUCCAGCCCUUGCUGCUCCACUGCGACAUGCUGAGCGCAGCCCAGGAGGCGCUCUACCUCCCAGACAUCUCCUUCAGCAGCCAGCUGCGGAGCGCGCCACUGCUCAUCGUGGACAAGGGCCCCGUGGAGCUGCCAGAGGAGUUCGUGGUCCAGGUGCCCAAGGAGCUCAGAUCUCAGCCCAAGCUUUCAGCCGUGCCCCAAUUCCAAUGGCUGUGGUCCGCAGAGAGCUCUCCUGUGAGAGCUACCCCAUAGAACUCCGCUGUCCAGGAACAGAUGUCAUCAUGAUUGAAAGUGCCAACUAUGGGAGGACUGAUGACAAAAUUUGUGACUCUGACCCUGCUCAGAUGGAGAAUAUACGAUGCUAUCUGCCUGAUGCCUAUAAGAUUAUGUCUCAAAGGUGCAAUAACAGAACCCAGUGUGCAGUGGUGGCAGGUCCCGAUGUUUUUCCAGACCCAUGUCCGGGAACCUAUAAAUACCUUGAAGUGCAGUAUGAAUGUGUCCCUUACAAAGUGGAACAAAAAGUUUUUCUUUGUCCUGGACUACUAAAAGGAGUAUACCAGAGUGAACAUUUGUUUGAGUCCGACCACCAAUCUGGGGCAUGGUGCAAAGACCCUCUGCAGGCUUCUGACAAGAUUUAUUAUAUGCCCUGGACCCCCUACAGAACUGAUACCCUGACUGAGUACUCAUCCAAGGAUGACUUCAUUGCUGGAAGGCCAACUACAACCUACAAGCUCCCUCACAGGGUGGAUGGCACAGGAUUUGUAGUGUAUGACGGAGCUUUGUUCUUCAAUAAAGAGCGCACCAGGAACAUAGUAAAGUUUGAUUUGCGGACUAGGAUAAAGAGUGGAGAGGCUAUCAUAGCAAAUGCCAAUUACCAUGAUACCUCCCCUUACCGUUGGGGAGGCAAAUCUGACAUAGACCUGGCAGUGGAUGAGAAUGGGCUAUGGGUAAUCUAUGCAACAGAACAAAACAAUGGUAAAAUUGUCAUUAGUCAGUUGAACCCUUACACCCUACGGAUUGAAGGGACAUGGGAUACUGCAUAUGAUAAAAGGUCAGCUUCCAACGCAUUUAUGAUAUGUGGGAUUCUGUAUGUGGUCAAAUCUGUAUAUGAGGAUGAUGACAAUGAGGCCACAGGGAAUAAGAUUGACUACAUUUACAACACCGACCAAAGUAAGGAUAGUUUGGUGGAUGUACCCUUUCCCAAUUCAUACCAGUACAUAGCAGCUGUGGAUUACAAUCCCAGGGACAACCUUCUUUAUGUAUGGAAUAACUAUCACGUCGUGAAAUAUUCUUUGGAUUUUGGACCUCUGGAUAGUAGAUCAGGACAGGCACAUCAUGGACAGGUACCAUACAUCUCUCCACCAAUUCACCUUGACUCUGAGCUAGAAAGACCCCCUGUUAGAGAUAUCUCUACCGCAGGACCUCUUGGCACGGGAAGCACCACCACCAGUACCACCCUUCGGACCACAACUUGGAACCCGGGCAGGAGUACCACCCCAUCGGUGUCAGGAAGAAGAAACCGGAAUACCAGCACCCCAUCUCCAGCAGCUGAGGUACUUGACGACAUUACCACACACCUUCUGUCAGGAUCGUCCCAAAUUCCAGCUCUGGAAGAGAGCUGUGAAGCUGUGGAAGCUCGAGAAAUCAUGUGGUUUAAGACCCGUCAAGGACAGAUGGCAAAGCAGCCGUGCCCUGCAGGAACUAUAGGAGUAUCAACUUAUCUAUGCCUGGCUCCUGAUGGAAUCUGGGAUCCCCAAGGACCAGACCUUAGCAACUGUUCUUCUCCUUGGGUCAGCCAUAUAACACAGAAGUUGAAAUCUGGAGAGACAGCUGCCAACAUUGCUAGAGAACUGGCUGAACAGACAAGAAAUCACUUGAACGCUGGAGAUAUCACUUAUUCAGUCCGGGCCAUGGAUCAGCUGGUAGGCCUCCUAGAUGUACAGCUCCGGAACUUGACCCCAGGUGGAAAAGAUAGUGCUGCACGAAGUUUGAACAAGCUUCAGAAAAGAGAGCGCUCUUGCAGAGCCUAUGUCCAGGCAAUGGUCGAGACAGUUAACAACCUCCUCCAGCCACAAGCCUUGAAUGCCUGGAGAGACCUGACUACAAGUGAUCAACUACGUGCAGCCACCAUGUUGCUUGACACUGUGGAGGAAAGUGCUUUUGUGCUGGCUGAUAACCUUUUGAAGACUGACAUCGUCAGGGAGAACACAGACAAUAUUCAAUUGGAGGUUGCAAGGCUGAGCACUGAAGGAAACUUAGAAGACCUAAAGUUUCCAGAAAACAUGGGUCAUGGAAGCACUAUCCAGCUCUCUGCAAAUACUCUAAAACAAAAUGGCCGAAAUGGAGAGAUCAGAGUGGCCUUUGUCCUGUAUAACAACUUGGGUCCUUAUUUGUCCACGGAGAAUGCCAGCAUGAAGUUGGGAACAGAGGCUAUGUCCACCAAUCAUUCUGUUAUCGUCAAUUCCCCAGUUAUUACAGCAGCAAUAAACAAAGAAUUCAGUAAUAAGGUUUAUUUGGCUGAUCCUGUGGUGUUCACUGUUAAACACAUCAAGCAGUCUGAGGAAAACUUCAAUCCUAACUGUUCAUUUUGGAGCUAUUCCAAGCGCACAAUGACAGGUUAUUGGUCAACCCAAGGCUGUCGGCUCCUGACAACAAAUAAGACACAUACUACAUGCUCUUGUAACCACCUAACCAAUUUUGCAGUACUGAUGGCACACGUGGAAGUUAAGCACAGUGAUGCGGUCCAUGACCUUCUUCUGGAUGUGAUCACAUGGGUUGGAAUUUUGCUGUCCCUUGUUUGUCUCCUGAUUUGCAUCUUCACAUUUUGCUUUUUCCGUGGGCUCCAGAGUGACCGUAACACCAUCCAUAAGAACCUCUGCAUCAGCCUUUUUGUAGCAGAACUGCUCUUCUUGAUUGGGAUCAACCGAACAGAUCAACCAAUUGCCUGUGCCGUUUUUGCUGCUCUCUUACAUUUCUUCUUCUUGGCUGCCUUCACGUGGAUGUUCCUGGAGGGAGUGCAGCUCUAUAUCAUGCUGGUGGAGGUUUUUGAGAGUGAACAUUCACGAAGGAAAUACUUUUACCUGGUCGGCUAUGGGAUGCCUGCACUCAUUGUGGCUGUGUCAGCUGCAGUAGACUAUAGGAGUUAUGGAACAGAUAAAGUAUGUUGGCUCCGACUUGACACCUACUUCAUUUGGAGUUUUAUAGGACCAGCGACCUUGAUUAUUAUGCUUAAUGUAAUCUUCCUUGGGAUUGCUUUAUAUAAAAUGUUUCAUCACACUGCCAUUCUGAAACCUGAAUCGGGCUGUCUUGAUAAUAUCAACUAUGAGGAUAACAGACCCUUCAUCAAGUCAUGGGUUAUAGGUGCAAUAGCUCUUCUCUGCCUAUUAGGAUUGACCUGGGCCUUUGGACUCAUGUAUAUUAAUGAAAGCACAGUCAUCAUGGCGUAUCUCUUCACCAUUUUCAAUUCUCUACAGGGAAUGUUUAUAUUCAUUUUCCAUUGUGUCCUACAAAAGAAGGUACGAAAAGAGUAUGGGAAAUGUCUGCGAACACAUUGUUGUAGUGGCAAAAGUACAGAGAGCUCCAUUGGCUCAGGGAAAACAUCUGGUUCUCGAACUCCUGGGCGGUACUCCACAGGCUCACAGAGCCGAAUUCGUAGGAUGUGGAAUGACACGGUCCGAAAGCAGUCAGAGUCUUCCUUCAUUACUGGAGAUAUAAACAGUUCAGCGUCACUCAACAGAGAGCCCUACAGAGAGACAAAGGGGCUUCUGAACAAUGCCAGGGAUACAAGUGUCAUGGAUACUCUACCACUGAAUGGUAACCAUGGCAAUAGUUACAGCAUUGCCAGUGGCGAAUACUUGAGCAACUGUGUGCAAAUCAUAGACCGUGGCUAUAACCAUAACGAGACCGCCCUAGAGAAAAAGAUUCUGAAGGAACUCACUUCCAACUAUAUCCCAUCUUACCUGAAUAACCAUGAGCGCUCCAGCGAACAGAACAGGAACCUGAUGAACAAGCUGGUGAAUAACCUGGGCAGUGGGAGUGAAGAUGAUGCCAUUGUCCUGGAUGAUGCCACCUCCUUUAACCAUGAGGAGAGUCUGGGCCUAGAACUUAUUCAUGAGGAAUCUGAUGCUCCUUUGCUGCCCCCAAGAGUUUACUCCACAGAGAACCACCAGCCACAUCAUUACACCAGAAGGCGGAUCCCCCAAGACCACAGUGAGAGCUUUUUCCCUUUGCUAACCAACGAGCACACAGAAGAUCUCCAGUCACCCCAUAGGGACUCUCUCUACACCAGCAUGCCGGCACUGGCUGGUGUGCCCGCCGCAGAGAGCGUUACCACCAGCACCCAGACCGAACCCCCACUGGCCAAAUGUGGUGAUGCCGAAGAUGUUUACUACAAAAGCAUGCCAAACCUAGGCUCCAGAAACCACAUCCAUCAGCUGCAUACCUACUACCAGCUAGGCCGCGGUAGCAGUGAUGGAUUUAUAGUUCCUCCAAACAAAGAUGGGACCCCUCCAGAGGGGAGUUCAAAAGGACCUGCUCAUUUGGUCACUAGCCUAUAGAAGAUGACAGAAAUUUAAGCCAACAAAACUGCUAACACCUGGUUGACUGUUCUGAGUUGAUAUAAGCAGUGGUAAUAAUGUGUGUACUCCUAAAUAUGCUGUUCUUAAACGACAAACACAAACUCUCAGACUUCUUUUUUUUUUUUUUUUUUUUAAACUGGGAUUUUUUUAGGUCAGCCCAGGGGAGAAAGAUCAUUGCUGAAAUUCCCCUGUGCCAGCUUCUUUCCUGUCCUUCCCCCCUCAGAUGGAGACUUCAUUAUGUUAAUGAACGAGAUUUGAAGAAGAUGGCGCUCAUUGUGGCCUUGUUGAAUUAUGUUGUGUUUGUUCUAACAUCUCUGAUGCUCUGUUACUAUAAUUACAAGGACCUGAUUUUUUAAAAGGCCAGAACACUUGUUUGAAAAUUAGUAACAAUGCUGCAUCUAGAUUGGAGUGCUGCACAAACAUAAAAUCAAAGCAAACUAUCACAUAGUGGUUUUUAGUCGCUCACAACCUGAAUUCACCACAGCAGGAAUAGCUGAGGUGUACAAAAUAAAACAACAAAAUCGAUAAUGGAAUGGAGGGGAAUUCUAGAAUAAUAUGCUAAAUGCAUAUUUUAUGAUUUGCUGUAUUAACUGAUGAUAAAACUAAUGGCAGAAAAAAAUUUGAACAAUUCUAUGUAAUGUACAGAUACUAGCAUUGCACAUGUAGUCUGCUUUCUGUUCCUCCAGAAUUUGAGUCCUGUUAAUGUAGUGGAAAAAAAAGAAAUUUUCUUUUUCUUUCGUGCUGGUCUUGCAAGUUUGUCUACCAGUAAGAGAGCAAAGUUUCCUUCCUUUCUUCUUUUUUUCUUCAUUUUCUUUUCUUUCUUUCUUUCGUUUUUUUUUUUUUUUUUCCUUUUUUCCUUUAAAAUUUCACAUGGCAAAAAAUAAAUAAAUAAAUAAAAUAAAUGAAGCUAUCACUUUAUAAGAAUCAUUUUCUAGUAAUGCAAACAAAUUAUUUUUUACAAAAAAAAUAAAAUAAAUAAAAUUAGACUUCCUUCCCUCACUAUAUAUCUUUAUUCAGUCAGAAUAUUUCCAAGAACAUUUUUGCAAUUAGAGCAGGAAGAACUUUUCUGUUUACAGUGCACAUCUGUUGUAAUGCAAAACAUAUUUGGCAAGCAGUUCAUCACUAAGAGAGUAGCUAUGAUUCUAGAAGUAAAGAGGUGUCAAUAGAACUAGUGGGGCUUCUGCAUGUGAGAAAUGGUAUCCCAUGGAUGUGAAAGUGCUGAAUGCUCAGUCUGUUCCCCAGGUGGGCACCUGCACUACCAAUUUUUAAAAGAAAUUCACUCCCUCGUAGAAAGAAUUGAAAGGUCAAUUAUUUUGAAGUGAUUUUUUUAAAAACUUCUGUUUAUUAACAGGAAAAUUUAUUUAUUUGACAGGAUUUUAAGUAAUGUAGGAAUACAAGAAGUAAAUUAGCAGCACAUAUAAUUUUUUUUAAAUUUAUGAUCCAUUUUGUAUGGUCUCAAAGUUGGAUGACCUCAUUACUAAUAUUUGUUGUAAAAGUGAAACUUGUUUGCCAACCAAUAAACAACUGAUUGAGAUUUAGAAGGUAUUGUAUUGAUGUAUGUACUAUAUGAUUAAUUAUUCUUUUCAUUUUUCUCGUCUUUCCUUCUGUUUUCAAUAUAUAAACUUUGUUAAUCCUCUAUGGCCCAAAUGAGCCAUGCAAAAGAAAUCAACUGCCUAAACUAAGCACAAAAUUAUACAGUUUUUGCAAAGUAAUCCAGAAAAAUGGGAUGGGCAUGUUUAUGUUGGCUGAAAUAAGAUGCAUAACGUACUUUCGAGCAGGUUAAUAUAUAGGUUACUAUGUGCUUAUUUAUAAGCCAACUGCAGUCACACGGCUUAUUAUAGAUAAGUCAGCUUCAGUCAGAGAUUUCAGUAUUGAACUGGGGAAGGGGGAAUCAUAUUUUUUCCUCCUUUGUAUGCUUCAUUUUGAUGUUGGAUAUUAAAUUCACUCAGUUGGCUAAAAAUGCAAGAAUAAUGGCAAGGAGAAUAUCCAUUUUAUAAAGAUGGUACUAUAAGACAGUUUUUUGCUAAUUCUUUGUUUUUCUAUAUAUGGAUAAAAUGGGAGGGGAAAAGUCCUUUUAAAGAAACUUCCUAGAUCUCCAAUUACUGAAGAAUCUUUACCAGCAGUGUCCAAGCAUGGAGAUCCUCCUAGGGCAAAGUUAGAAUGCAUUUGCCAAAUUGUAAUUUCUGUUAUAUUAUGUGAUAUCUUGGCAAUUUCUUUUUCUUUAUUUUUUCAAAUAAAAUUUAAGCACCAGCCACUUAUAAAUGAAUUUCUUAAGAUUAGAAGGAGUAGUUUAGAGAAUAGCCAGUAAUCUAUACAUACAGUUUUAAAAUAUAUAACAAAAGAAAAAAUUCUGUGCUGGGCCAGAGUACAUCAUAACCUUAAAUUAAUAUCACCUCAAAAUAUCUUAUGCACCAUUCCUUUUUAGUCAUUUGACAUAAGUAUUUUUUAAGUCUACAGAUUUUCUCUAAGUUGCAGGAGAACCACAAGCUUUAAUAGUAAUUAGGUUUUCUCAUACCACAUAUGGCAAUAUUAGCACCUGAAAGGUGGUUAGCCUAUCUGUUAUAUAGAAUACAUUUGGUAAUGAAAGAAUCCUUUUUAGACAUGUUUAAGGUAACUUCAGAAACACAAAUGUAGUCUGUGGAUUUAUGAGUAUUUAUGCUAGUUUUGCCAAUCCAACAGUAAUCUAUAUGAAAGCAGCUCCAUCAAUAAGAAGCUAGUUUCACAGAAUAAUGGGGAAACUACCUCAAUUCAGCUUGCCGAUGCUGCCAAUUCUGAUUUUCUGCUAUUGCUACCUCCCUGCCCAUUAUCUUUUGUGUUUCAUUAUAUGGAAAUUUGAAGCCAAUAGCUUCCCAGCUCUACAUAGUCCAAAUUGAAGAAAAUCACUUGAAUACGUAAACUGGUAUGGAAAGCCAUUCAGUCCUGUUAGUUACUACCAACUUCUUACAUCAAGAUGAAAGGGUGAGAUUUUUGAACUCGCAUACGUCGUAACUGGUGUGCUUUCAGCAAGACUUAAGAUCCCAAAGACUUUCACAUGAAGAUAUUAUUCCCCCAAAUUCAAUGUGACUAUAAUGAAAACAAAACUGGAUGAAAGUUAAUUAUGUAUACAUUUCAAUAGAAAUUUGUGUAUGUCUAACAUGUACUCAUUUAGUCCUCUUUACACUAGCAAGGGUUGAAUUCCUGAAGUUGAAUCUUUUUUUUACAUGCAUUUUCAUGUGUAGCAACUGAUAAAUUAAUAACUUUAAAAUUUUCUCAUUUUUUGCCAUUUUGGCUGUCUCUAUAUUUGCAAUACCCUGUGACAUUCAUGACCUUAUUUGCAUAUUUCUGAUGUGUUUAUCUGAUUUUCCAUUAAGAAGUAAAUUUUCAUCAAAUAUACUAUACAUACAUAGCACAUUAUUUGGAUAGCUGGAAGUAAAAGUUAUGCCAAUGAAACAAAUUAUUAUUUCCACGUAAAAUAAUAUUUUCAUAACAUUUUACACUUUUUUUUCCUCUUUGAGGUCUAUUUCACUUGAUACUUUAUUAGGACACUAGCUAACAAACCUCAUGUUAUUUGAUUCAGAAGCUGUUGGAUUGUUGCACAGCUCACAUUCCUAACUAAUAAUAUUUAUGGAGAAAUAUAAAUUUUGUGAAGGAGAAUAGGCUGGAAUUCCAAUUCAAUUUUUGAACAUCCCUCUUUGUUUUCACUCUACUACAAUUAAAAAUACUAUACUUAAAUAAUAAUUGCUAUGCUAAAAUAAUCAUAAUGACAAAAAAGAACUGACAUGAGGACAAUCUUCUUGAGAUAAAAAUAGUGGGGAAAAUGUAGUAAUCAAAUUCAGGUAAUGGAAACCCCUUAACUUCCAGUAAUACAAAUUCACAAUGACUUAAAAUGUAGUUUAUUAUGUGUAUUUUUAAAUUCCCCAUUAAUCUAAAAAUGUUGACAUAUUGAUGAAAGGUCUUUAAGAUUUCAUCUUGUAAUUUUUUAAUAUUAACUUGGUGUGACAUGUUUUCAUAAUAAUGGAGAUAAACAUGUAAGUGAAUUAGUAAUUUUAUAAAGAACCCAUAGACAUAAAUUUAGGCAAUAUCUUCAGCUUUUCCCCUCAUGCUUGUUCAGAUCCAUUGACUAAUUUGCUUAUUUUUUGAAAAUGACAUUAAAAACUUCAAAGACUGACUUUUUGCUCAAUUAUAGAAACCAAAAGGGAGAGAAAAAAUAUUUCUUCUGGGUUGUCUAAGGAUCAACUGCAAAUUAAUCAAUCAUCACCUCCUAUUAGUGAAAGAAUAAUUCAUUUUUAGAAGUUGUCCAUCAGUAGUGUACCAAAGUGCUACUUCUUGGGGCAUUCUUCAAAAAACACAAAACACUGCAGAAUUACAAUACAGUCAAUUAAAAUUUGGAGAGAGAGAAAUUUAGAGAGAGGAAAAAAAAAAGAACGCAAACCCUAAUUUGAUUUUGAGCAAUUCUGAAAAUAUUGACAUGAAUGUCCUUUCUUCUCUAACAAAAAUAUUUUAGAUAAAAUAACAAUAUGUAUGAUCUAUAAUGUAUAUUAUAGUAUCAAGGUAUUAAGAAUUAAUUAGUUCACAUUUAGCAAUGCAUAACUCACCACAUAGAUAAUUCUUACGCAUUUCUAAGUAAUACUUUAAAUAUAUCU